AUGUCCCACUUCCCUCCCCACGGCUGGUCCGGCGCCUACGGCGGCUACCAGCCCCCGCCCGACUACUUCCCCGAUCCCACCCUCGGCGGCGUCCCCCCGGGCUUCCUCCACGGGCCCCCUCCCGCCCUGUUCCCCGGCGGUCCCCCAGAUCCCCCAGGAGGAGCUCCCCCGUUCUUCCCCGGCCACGCGCCCACCCACCCGGGCUUCGGCAUGCCGCCGCCGCACGCCGGCCAUCAUCCUCCCCCUGGUUUCUUCCCGCCUCACGUCGCGCAUGGCGGCCCGCCGCCACGGAUGCCGCCCGCGUGGAUGGACCCGGGGUUUGGUGGUGGCAGUGGGCGCGGCGGGUGGCAGUGGGGCGCGGAGCAGGAGGGUGGUGGCGGCGGCGGCGGUGGUACCGGUGGCGGCGGUGACGACAACGGCGGCGACGACGGCGACGACAACGCAGCGACGCCGAAAGUGAUCGGCGGGCACCACCACCGGCGCACCGGGGCGCGCGCGGGCGUCGGCAUGAUCUACAACCCGAAGCAGACGCGGCUGCACAUCUUCCGCAAGACGGACAUCGGGCCGUGGAAGGACGGCGCGCGGCGGGGGGUGGUGGUGCCGGCGCAGAAGAUGGGCGGGUUCAACAUCUGGGAUGCGGAUGUGGGGUGGACGGUGAAGCAGCUGUUGGAGUAUCUGGGCAAGGGCGAGGACGCGUGGGCGGUGAGCGAGGUGACGGAGGGGGGGAAUGGCAGGUGGUAUAAGGGGAGUACGAUUCAGUAUAAGGAUGAGAGGGCGGGGGAGACGCUGAGCAAGCAGGGGUGGACGGAGAAGAGGGGGAGGGGGUUCGGGAGGCCGCCGGUUUGGUUGGUGCUGCAUAAGGUUGAGUGA